AGUAUUGUCAACAUCAACAGAUUUUUCAAGGUUAGGUGAAAAACUGCGUACGUGUUAUUUGUUUAUGUUAAAACAGCUUAUUUUAUAUAUAAAUUUAAAUAACAUAUCGACCAUUGAAGUAAGAAGCCGCAUUCGGUCCACCAUCUGGUACAAGUAUUCGUUGUUUUUCAGAGGAAAAUGUCCAGUCCAAAGCAAGAUUCUGUUCUCAAAGCGGGCCACCCUCCAGCAGUAAAAGCCGGGGGAAUGAGAAUAACCCAGCACAAAACGAGGAAAGAUUCAGGAGGUAUAUCCGAAGAUGUCACAGGAAUUACGGUGUCUGGUAGCCCGCCAAAAACUACCACCGUGUCGGGGGCGACGGUAAAAGGUCACGCCGAUUUUCCUGCGGAGGCAGUGCAAAGUUUCCACAAGGAAAAACCGGCGGCCAACCAUCCAAACAAGCCUAUGACUCACAUCCAACAGCCCAGGAAAUAAUCGUUUGCCAAAUAUUUUCUUGCAAGCCAACUUAAGUAGAAUUGUCGAUGCAUUUUUUUGUCUAUGUUUUUAAAGAUUAUUAGAACUUAGAUGAAAUUUUCUGAUUUUUUAUUAGUUUUAAAAGCACUGUAUUUGUGCGUUUAGGUACCGGUAAUUAAGAAAAUUUUAUGUAAGUUGUUAAGAUCUGUUGAAUUUUUCAUUAUUGUACGGUUUUAGUGUUUGUCUCGAGUUUUAGUUGAAUGUAGAUACAUUUUACUUAAAACUUUGUAGAGUAAUAUGCGGUUUAAAUGGCGUAAUUGGCUGUUUUAAUUGUUGGUUUCACUAGUAUUAGGAUUGAGAUUCCUAGCAUUUACAUUAAAAAUAUAUAUUCAUAUUAUGUAUUGUACAAAAUUAAGAUUGUUUAAAAAAUAAUAAAAAAAUGCCAUAUGUUAAUAUGGUGCUUGUACUAAUGAGAAAAAUGCACCGGUUAAUUUAAGAAUUUAAAUUUUUUGUUAUAUUUCUAUAAGAAUGUUAAAAACGAUAUUGUUGUAUUUUAUUGUCGCUUCUAUUUCACUUAAACAAAACGCUUUAUUAAAAAAAAUGGUUUUUAUAUAUGGUUUGGGUUUGAAAUUUAAAAUAAUGUACGUUCAAAAGAAUUUAUUUCAUUUAAAAUAAAAAAUAAAUCAUACAUUUAUAGCA